UCCAAACAGACACUGGGUCAUCAUUUCCAACAGCACCACCCAGGAAUGGUUGCCAUCAACACCCCCGGCACAUCCAUGGGUCAUGUGAUGGACAUGAUGUCACAGUGCCACCAGGCCCCUCCACUACAACACCACCAUCAUCCUCAUCAUCCACAGCUUCCAGCUCCAACCCUCCCCUAUCCACAGCGGUGCCACGGCCCUCCGCAGCAGCAGCAGCAGCACCUGCAGGGAAGCUCUCUCAGCCACCAGCUUCACCAUCCAGGGAACGCACCGCACACUCAGGCUCACCAGUCACCGCCUUCACACCUUCAUCAGCCAUCCCCGCCUGCACCUCCGCUGCCUGUUUCAGCACAGUUAUCACCAGUUGAACAGCAGAUGCACUCCUCGCACCCUUCCCAUUCCCAGCACGACAUGCAGGCAGGGGGUGGCUGCGGUGGUGGUGGGGCAAGAGAAGGAGGAUGCAGCAACCGUCGCCGGAGGACGGCGGAGCAGGACCCAGACGAGCGCAGGCAGAAGUUUCUGGAGCGCAAUCGGGCUGCAGCCACUCGCUGCCGACAGAAGAGGAAGCUUUGGGUGUCGUCGCUGGAGAAAAAAGCUGAGGAGCUGACGCACACAAACCUACAGCUACAGAAUGAGGUGACGUCGUUGAGGUCAGAGGUGGGUCAACUCAAGCAGAUUCUGCUCACCCACAAGGACUGUCCUGUCACUACCCGACAGAGAGAAUCACAGGGGUACCCCACUGCAGGAGGAAGUCCAACUCCUGUCAGCCCCGCAGCGCCUCAUGUGCUGGCCAUCCAACACAACAGCAUCUCCACCUCCUCAGCAGCUGCGGGCGACACAAGCCACGACCCCCAGCCCGGACACUAGCGCUCGUCAUAAAGAGGAGGGGGUACGAUUGGACUGAAAUAUGUUUCUGUCAUGAAAGUCUCACCCAACUGUGGAUCUUUUGACGUUGCAGAUGAAAUACUGAACUGGAUAGGUGAAUUUAUAAAUCCAUGUGAACACAGGGAUGUUUUUUCUGGUUUUCUGCUCCAGAAACACAUACUGAGAGAUUUCAUUUCCAUAACAUGUGCAACUAGAGUGGCACUCAGUCAAGCGCAUAUCUCCGCCAAGGCCAAACAGUCCCCUUACACGCAAUCAAGGCGCAUAUGCUUAUAGAAAUCAAACCCUUGAAAUGCCUGUUUUUUGUUUUCUAGGUUCAUGAACUAGAACUAGUUCAUGGGAUAUAAUCAGUGAAAAUAUCAAAGAAAGUGAUCAAAGAAUUGCUGGAUCCACACCAUAUUUUAAAGGUUAAUUCCCUGAACCAUAGCCCAUCCUUCCACCAAGUGUCUUGAUGAUCCGUCCAGCAAUUUUUGCAUAAUCUUACAUAGACCAACCAACCAAGCAACCGACUUAGGUGAAAGCAUAAUGUCCUUGGCAGAGGAAAAAAUGCCCUUUACUGAAAGCCUUGUUGAAAACUGUGAUGCUUCGUGGUGACUGCAUCCUGUGUUUGUUCAGAAAAUGCCUGUUUCUGUUCACAGCAAUCUGACUGCCUGCUGCCCACUGACUAUGCACACACACACACACACGCAGCAUCAUAUCAUAAAGCAUCAUUUCAGUCUUCUCUUGCUCUAAUCUUGCACUAAUUUAAAAAACAAAGCCAAUGUAUUAGUUUGUAUCUUUAACUGAGCAGCUGCAAGUGCACACCUUAUGCCUUUCUGUCAAAACUAUGUAUUUUUAUAUAUAUGACUAAGAAUAAAUGUUUAUUUUAAGAUGUCAAAUCAAACCCACAUCUGUCUUGGAAAGCCAUUUAAAACAUGAUUUAACGACUGCCUUGAGAUACUAAAUAACUCUGAACUACACUUCAUGUCUCAAGC